CUCAGCCUACUCAGCUUCCGUCUACUCCCCGUGGACUUCGUUUUCCAACUACACCGGUCCAGUGGGUUGGGGAGACUCGUAUCACAGUGUUCGGCCGCAGCCUGGAGCAGAGCCACCCCGCCUCGUCCUGAUCACGGAGACCACCGGAGUGCGGGUCAACGGCUCACGAGAUCCCGCGGCCGAAGGGUCUGCCACGGAGAUUGAGUAUAGCGUCGACAAACUCAACACAGACCUGAGUCCCGAUUCUGUCGCGCCAGCACCAACAAACGAUUCCUUGUUGUCACUGCAAGACCUGAAGUGGGGCAUGCGCACCGUCGUUAUGAAGGCCAUGGACCCGGCGCGAACUUACACUGUACGCGGGGUUGCGAUCAGGACUCAAAUAAUGUCGAACGCAUCCUCAUGGAGUCAAGUUCCCGUAUCUUACGAAUCUUUUGUGGUUGAUGAAAAACCCAACCCACGCCUUCGCUAUGGGGGUACCAACACCUCCCACUGGCACCCAGAGAACCGAAGAACAUCUGUGAAUGGAGGUCCAGCAAUUGUCACUGAGCUGGUGGCUGGCAACUCGUCAACGGUCACAAUCCCCGUUCCACCUGGCACAACGUACCUUCUGCUCAAUGGUACUGUGGGCCCCGACAGGGGUGACGCGCUGGUCAAGUGGAAUCCCCAUCCACCCGACUUCCCCUCCGAGGGAUGGUACUUCAUUGCGACUUGCGGCUGGUCUGCCCCCGCACUGCUGUAUGCCAAGUAUCUGGAUCCCGAUGUGGUCUACAACCUUACGAUCCAGACACUAAGUAGCGAACUGUACAACGUGACCAACAUUGGGCUUCAUAUGCUCACGUACUACUCCGCUUGGGCAAGCGAGGAAUCAACGGUUGCUGCAGCCGAAACUGUGACAGCCACGAAGAAUAACCGUGGUAAAGUCAUCGGCGGGGCGAUCGGAGGGGUGCUAGGCGUCCUUGUCCUCACUGCCAUUCUAGCCCUCUUUUGGAGGCGUCGGCGGCGUCAAAGUAUGGCGGGCGCUGACUCGCCGCGCGACCUGGAUCACCGCACCUCCCCAUACAUGCGGGAGGUGGACGGCGGUUCAAUUCAUUCUGCUUCAUCCUCUCAGCACCUUCGCACUCUCCCUCCCUCGUACAACCCACAAUGGUCCUCACGUCUGCGCCUUGAUACAUUGUCCGGGGCCGCACCUCCCCUAUCUUACUGGAACGUUCGAAGGCUUCAACGCGGCCCCGCCUCGAGACGCAGUCGACCCUGGCUCACAUCCAGAGGCCCCAGCCCCUCAAGCGGCACCACCCAGCUUAACCGAGCAGGUUACGCCGGUCAACGACGUGCCGUUGUCAUCAACACCGAGGAGCAGGCGCCCACUUCCGACGCCCCCAAUCGGGUCCAAGUAACUGUGGCGUCUUUGACGGUGAAACGUCAAACUCGUGAUGGGAUAUAAGCUUUAGUCAGUUACCUUAUCGUUCUCAUUAUGCACAAUACUGCCAUUUG